UGUCAUGAACAUCUCAGAAAAAUGAACGAAACCUGUUUUUAAAAGAAAGUUAUUGCUGUUUUUAAAUUUUAUUCAUGUAGUGCUUCUUAAAGUAUACCCUGGAUGUAACCUGAAUAGUGUGCUAAAGGACUUGAUCUUAAAUUUGACAAACAAUAAAAUAUUAAACGUUUAUUUUUGACUAUGUAUUUCGACUGUUAACAGCUCUAGCUCCACUUACAAAAAUGUAUUCUCGACUUCUUAAAAUACCUAAAGAAAUAUCAGCCGUGCGCAACGUUCAACACAUCGGCGAAAUUGCUAAGUCUAUUACGCCAAUAACCACUCGCGUACAAAGAAUUCAUAACGAUACGACAAACAAUAAUUAUGACCGUUUUCAAAAAUAUUCUAAUAAAUAUGUUUUAUACUCACUAGUUGUAGGCGUUGUGGGAUAUACGUCUUAUAAAAUAUGGUUGCAAUACCAAGUAUUUCCAGCUAUAACUGCAGCUGAAGACGUUGCUAAAACAGACUCAGAGAAUGAAGUUGAAACAAGAAAAAAAAGAUACAGAAAAGAAAAAAUUGGAUUCAGGGACAGAAAGAUAAUUGAGUAUGAAAAUCGUAUGAGAGCUUAUUCGACUCCUGACAAAAUAUUCAGAUAUUUUGCGACUGUUAAGUUAACAUAUGGAGAAAAUACUGAAGUAUUUAUGACACCCGAUGACUUUUUAAGAGCUAUAACGCCUGGCAUGAAGCAGCCUGAUGGCUUAGGACUCGAUCAGUACAGAAGAUAUGAUCCAAAAAACAUCGAUGAGACCAUAAGUCACCGACUCAACUUGGAUUUAGACGAGGAUUCGAUAUUCUACAAGCUGGGAUCUUCCGGCCUCAUCACCUUCAGCGAUUACAUCUUCUUGCUGACGGUGCUAUCGACAUCGCGUCGACACUUCGAAAUCGCGUUCCGCAUGUUCGACCUGAACGGCGACGGCGACGUGGACUGCGAGGAGUUCGAGAAGGUGGCCGCGCUCAUCCGCCAGCAGAGCAGCAUCGGCUCGCGCCACCGCGACCACGCCAACACCGGCAACACCUUCAAGGGCAUAAACUCGGCGCUGACAACUUACUUCUUUGGUCCCAAGCUCAACGAAAAAUUGACAAUUGAAAAGUUUCUAGACUUCCAACAACAACUACAGAAGGAGAUUUUAUCCCUCGAAUUUCAAAGAAAACAGCCAGAUGAAAACGGACGGAUCACCGAGGCGGACUUCGCAGAGCUGCUCCUGGCGUACGCCGGCUACCCCGCCAAGAAGAAAGCCAGGAUGCUCAAACGCGUCAAAAAAAUGUUCCGCGACCACGGCGUGGGCGUGACGCGCGACGACUACCUGCAGUUCUUCCACCUGCUGAACAACAUCAACGACGUGGACACGGCGCUGACGUUCUACCACAUCGCGGGCGCGUCCAUCGACCCGCCCACGCUGCGCCACGUGGCGCGCACCGUGGCGCGCGUGGCGCUGCAGCCGCACCUCGUGCGCGUCGUCUUCACCAUCUUCGACGAGAACCUGGACGGGCAGCUGAGCAACAGGGAAUUCGUCGCAGUGAUGAAGAACCGGCUGCUCCGGGGCCUGGAGAAGCCGAAAGAUACGGGGUUCGUGAAGCUCAUGCAUUCGCUGAUCAAGUGCGCCCGGGACACGAAGCCGGCGCUGCUCGACUUUUGAGACUUCUCCGAACGAUGUGAGUCGUUGCUCUCGUUCGUUUCUCUCUCUCCGAUUUUAAUUACGAGAUUACAUUAAAAGUCAUCCAACCUCCUGAUCUAGAAUAGCAAAAUAUAGACUCUGCUGAGAAGAACCAGCGAGAACAUUUAGCAAUAGUUUUCUCAAAUGAAAUUAAGCUUAAAAAACUCGAUAAAAUCAAUCGUAAGGUUUAUAUGCUCAUAUAAUUAUUAUGUAUCCUACCGACUUAACUCAAUGCAUUUCAAGUUUACCAAAGGAAGGCUUUAUUUAACGAUAACCUAACGACACGACUAAUAAAUAUAAUAGUAUGAAUUGAAGGUGUUUAUGACUAACUAGGGAUUCGUAUUCAACGGUUGCCUUUUAAAAGCUUACCUUUUUAUUCAAUCACUUAAAUUAGUUUAGAGUUGUAAGAACUACGGGUUAAGGCUUUACCUACAUAUACUUUAAAAUAUGUAUUAGAGUGUUAUCAGCGCCAAAUAUUUAUCGAAUUCCAAUUAUGUAUGAUUGUAGUCUACAAUCAUACUGUAUUGGGACAAACUAGAAAAUAUAGGGAACUCACCAACCCGCUCAUGUGUUACCUCUUUAUUAUAAAACAAAGAUUUCCUAAGAAUGUUAUGUAAUUGUAUCUCAUAAUUUAAAGCUAUGCGCUGAUAGUCAGUCAGGACGUUGCUUUUAAUAUUUAUAUAGUUUUACUAAUAUAUAUUAACAAUAAAUAUUUAACGGGAAAGUAACUUGCUAUCUCUGUCUAAUAUUUAGAAUUGAAAAGGAUAGCAACACAAAUUCAUCACAAUGUUUUGUUAAUUUUAUGUUGUUUAAGUGCUUAUACAUAUUAUUUAAAUGUUAUAUUAAUUAUAUAAAACGUCUAGUCGAAAUAAAUAAUAAUGGCCUUAAAAACACAUUGUGUAGAUAAAAACACUGUAACUGUUUAGUUUUAUAGUGUUUUCUCUUUCCGUCAUCAGUAAUGUGAUAUUUGAAAGAAGACGACAAAACAUUGUGUAACCGUACAACCGCUAUACAAAGUAUAUUUAUUGUGUAAGUAGUAAUUAUAAGAAUUUGUUUUGAAUAUUGUUACUAUAUAACGCAAAUCAUUGUAAUAGUUAUUAUUUUUUAGUCUAUAAUUAUUAAUAUUAUUUACCUUUUUCAUUUUAUUUGUAUCUGUUUUUUACAUGUGGAGUGUGAAAAGGCAUUAUAUUGUAAUAAUUUGAUCUGCUCUGUGUUCAUAGUAUUAAGUUUUUUUUUGUGUUUUUGAACAAAUUAAUAGCAGACUCAUAUAAUAAAUAAUGGUAUACUUUUGUGUAUAUGAUAUAUGGCAACAUUUUAAAAUAACUCGCUCUGUCAUCGUUUCGAACUUCUGGUGUAAAAUAAUCUAUCAUGUAAUUUUGUGAAAUAAAUUAAUUGAAAAGUAUUCGUAGUGUUUCAAUUUACGUUCACAACUUCCAACUC